GACGACUUUUGGAGUUUUGGAUUUUUUGGGGGGAUUUCUAGGGUUUUUGGGGGUGAAUGGCGGUAGUGGAGGUACUGUUUCAUCGUCUGAGGGUUUUAGUUACAAUUUAGGGCGGUAGAUGGAUCGCGAGGUAAAAUUUGGUGCAUUUUGUGUGCAUAAUUCCGUAAACAUUGGAUAGAAAUAUUGUUGGAACAGUUGGGGUAAUGAAUUAAUCAAAGAUUCGUGAUUUUUGAGAAUAUGGAAGACUGAGGACGCGUUUGAGAGUCUCGGGACACCAACGUCUGUUUAAUUUUCAUUCAAUUACAUUAUUGUUUUGACGUUUCGGGGAAAAAUGCUCUCACGUAAGAAUAAGGAUUUGCGGACAAUUAAGGAAGGUGUAGUUGGGAAAUAUGUCAAGAAAGAAACACCACCGGAAAUUCCAAUUAUCAAUGUCUGGACGACUGAGCCCAACAGACAUAAGAGGAGGAGAAAUAAUCAGGCGACAAUGCCCCCUCAAAUGCCAUCACCCCAACAGCCGAGUAUGGUGCAAAAAUUUGGCAACACCAAAACAACAAUGAGUGCAGUGGGUUUAGGAAGUCAUGAGGGAAAAUAUACACCUAACAGUUCAGUCCCUGAUUUAGCUCAGAGAUUCGCGAGUUUAUCGAUGGCCCCAGGAGUCUCGGAAUCCCUGGGUUCGCGUACAGUGACACCCCUGUACCUUCCAGGUCUGUCUCCAGCUGCCUCCCACACAUACGUCAACCAGUACGCGGGUUCAGAGUAUCACCUGGACCGUGUUCAGACCCCCCAGAUGCCAUACGUGCCUUUUGACACAGACAAUGGUUACGAGGACUUCAAUCAGCCAUUCAGGCACCCCCAGUACAGCAGAUCGCAGUCGGAGAGGGCGAGUUCUCGCAGUGAGCAACCCACAGAGCUGCCACUACCUCCAGGAUGGUCUGUCGAUUUCACCCUGAGGGGUAGAAAAUACUACAUCGAUCAUAACACCAAGACAACCCACUGGUCCCAUCCUCUUGAGAAGGAGGGGCUUCCCACUGGAUGGGAAAGGAUCGAAUCACCUGAGUAUGGAGUUUAUUACGUCAAUCACAUAACGCGACAGGCUCAGUACGAACAUCCCUGUUAUCCCCUAGAAAUGCAGGCAGUCCGAGUGGUAUCACCUCCUCGACACACUCAUUUCCACUCUCACAGUGUUCUCGUUCCCGCAAAUCCUUAUCUCAACGAGGAAAUUCCCCACUGGCUCUACGUCUACUCCAGGGCAUCAGUGGCACUCGACAGAAAACUCCGUUGGGAGCUGUUUCGUCUCCCUGAGCUCGACUGCUUCAAUGCAAUGCUCACUAGACUCUAUAAACAAGAACUGCAGGAAGUGGUGAUGCGAUACGAGGAGUACAGGUCGGCCCUUUUAUGCGAAAUGGAGCAGAGAUUGAAGGAGCUUAAUCCAGAGAGUGGUACCUCUGGUGCUGUUGCUCUUCGUCGAUCCUUACCGUGAAUUAAGGAACA